AUGGCCGCCCCCGGCGGCGGCGGCGGCGGCCGGCGCGCCUCUACGUCCCGCGCCUCCCGCCGCGCCGCGCCAGAGCCCAACGAGAACGACGACCUCGCCGCCGCGCCCUCCUCCUCCUCCCCCUCCGCCGCCGCCACGCCGUUCGCGCUGCCCCCGAGGUCGCCGCUCGCGGCCAUCGCUGACCCGGGCAGGAACCCCCGGUCCGCGCCGGGGACGCCCAAGUCGCUGGCUGGCACGCCCCGGGCCUGCGCGGCGGCGUCUGGGGCCAGGGAUCGGAGCACCUCGAUUGGCGGGGCGGCGAAGCGCGUGUUCGAUCCCAGGGAUCUGGCGGCCACGGAGGUGCCCGUGGAGGUGCCGCAUUUCGAGCUCGACGAGGACCCCGCCUUCUGGAUGGAUCGCAAUGUGCAGGUUUUGGUAAGAAUAAGGCCGAUUAGUGCCACCGAGAGCACUGCCCAUGGUCAAAAAAGAUGUUUGGUACAGGAUAGCUCAAAGGCAUUGAGCUGGAUAGGACACCCUGAAACAAUGUUCACGUUUGAUCAUGUCGCUUGUGAAACAAUAUCCCAGGGAAAGCUGUUCAGGGUAGUUGGUCUACCAAUGGUGGAGAACUGCAUGUCUGGAUACAAUGGAUGUUUGUUUGCCUAUGGCCAGACAGGGAGCGGCAAAACUUACACAAUGAUGGGAGAGCUUAGUAAGGAGGGCGAUGAACUUAACAAUGACUCUGGCUUGACGCCUCGCAUUUUCGAGUAUUUAUUUGCUCGGAUAAAGGAGGAAGAGGAGACACGGAGAGAUGACAGACUGAAAUAUAUCUGUAAAUGCUCUUUUCUGGAGAUAUACAAUGAACAGAUAACUGAUCUACUUGAACCAUCAUCAACCAAUCUUCAGAUCCGUGAAGAUAUAAAGAAGGGUGUAUAUGUUGACAACCUAACUGAGUGUUAUGUGUCAUCUGUUAAAGACGUUAUGCUGUUACUGUUACAGGGGGUUGCUAAUAGGAAAAUGGCAGCCACAAAUAUGAACAGUGAGAGCAGCCGUUCACAUAGUGUUUUCACUUGCGUCAUUGAGAGCCGUUGGGAAAGGGAUUCAAUGGCACAUCUCCGCUUUGGGCGGCUGAAUUUGGUUGAUCUUGCUGGUUCUGAAAGGCAGAAAAGCUCGGGUGCUGAAGGAGAACGCUUGAAAGAAGCUGCAAACAUUAAUAGAUCCUUAUCAACUCUUGGGCUUGUUAUCAUGACUCUAGGGGAAGUCGCUAAUGGGAAAAGCCGCCAUGUUCCCUAUAGAGACUCGAGGCUUACAUUUCUCCUCCAGGAUUCUCUCGGAGGAAACUCGAAAACAACAAUUGUUGCCAACAUCAGCCCAUCUAUUUGUUCCUCCAAUGAGACAUUGAGUACCUUAAAGUUUGCUCAGCGGGCGAAGUUGAUUCAAAACAAUGCAAAAGUAAAUGAAGAUGCUUCAGGAGAUGUUAUGGCUUUACAAAGGCAGAUAGAAGAACUAAAGGUUCAAUUAACAUGCUUGAGGAAGCAACAAAAUGUCCCUGGAUCCCCUAGCUUUCACCUGCUAAAUUCAGGCUCUGAUAAUGAGUAUAAUACUUCGGCUGAAGAUCAUCAAUCAAGCUGUGACCUGAAUCUUCUAAAGCAAAAGGUUAGCCAUCUGGAAGCUGUUUUGGUUGGGAGCCUUAGGAGAGAAAAACUGGCUGAGGUGGAUAUCAGGAAGCUGGAGGCUGAAAUAAAGCAUCUGAGUCGUUUGGUCGACCUGAAGGAAUUUGAUUCCCAACGCUUGAGAGCGAUGCUGAAACUUCGUGACGAAAAACUAACAAGAUUGCAUUUGUUAGCAGAUGAUCUAGUGCCAUCUGAUGGCUAUUUGGUUGAUGAAAAUGCUGCAAUGUUCCAAGAGAUUCAGCUACUGCAAAAACAAAUCAAUGAAAAUCCUCAGCUGACUCAGUUUGCUUUUGAAAACAAGAGAUUAAUCGAGCAAGUUAGAACUCUUCAGAACUUCCACAAGCAAGGGGAGCGAGAGAUGCUGUUAACAGAGAUAUCUCUUUUGCGUGAUCAUUUCCUUCAUAUUCUGGAGCAGAAGUAUGCAACACCUCCUAGGAAUAUAGAAGCUCAGGGUGACGAGAUCAUCAAGGAACUAAACGAUUGCAGGAAUGAGCUGGAUGCGUGCUUAGAAAAUAAUGUUCUGCUAGCACGUGAAGUAAAUAAGCUGCGGUGUGAACUGAAACAACACCAGGAGUCUAGUGCACACCAAGUUGCUCCAGAGACAGAGAGGAACCAUGGGAUCCCAGAAAUCAGUCAGAUGCAACAUGAUCCAGUGGGAUGGAACUUCUCAUCUUUAGCAUACAAUGAUGCUGAGAUAACAACAAAUAGUACAGAAUCAGUUGAACUCAAGAUACCUUUUGAAAUUACUAGUGAAGACCAGGAGUCCCAUUCUCAUCUGCAUCCCUUUGAUUCAGAAAGAUGCGGUGUGAAUGAUUGUACGCAAGUGCCAGAGUGUGGUGAUGAAUUGUCUCAAUGCUACAGCUUGGCUGUUGGAUCUUCACAUAAUAUAUUUGACAAAGGCAUUAGUGGGCACAAAGAAGAUGAACAAAUAUUGAAUUUACAGCAUGAUGAAAUAGAUCAAAUAAAUGGAAAUGUACCAAAUAUGGAUACAUGUUUGCAUAGAGAGACUUCACUGUGCCAUCAAGAGACAGAAAUACCGAGCUCAAGUAAACAUGUAUUACAGGCUGAAUUGGUGCACAUUAAAAGUACAAAUCAAGAACUCAGAAAGAAGUUAGUUACUAUGGCUGAAGAAAGUGCCAGGCUUGCAGAGAUCAUUGUUGCCAAAGAUGUAGAAAUUGCCUCUUUGUCUGAAGAAUGGGAGAUGGCAAUAGUUGAUCUAACAAGCUUCUUGACAGAUGGCUGCAGAUCACUAGAUGAUGCAUAUCAGAAUAUUGAUAAUAUGAUUAGUUCAUUUCCUUACAGCAAUAAUACUGUCAGUGAACAUGUGGAGAAGGCGAUGAAAGUUAGCAUUGAAAAGGAAAAAAUAAUCUUCAGGCUUCAGAUCGAGCUACAAGCUGCACACCGUAUGGGCAGGGAAGUGAAAGAAAAGUUGCACAUCUUAAGAGGUGCAACACUUGCUAUCAGUGAAGCUCAGCAGUUAUAUAAUGAUGAAAGUUCUCAGGAAACACGAGAAAAUAAGUGCCAACAGGAUUGCAAUGUGGAAGAGCAAAAUUGCCUCUUUGCACAAGCAGUAGAAAGGAAGAAUGACAUGAGUGCACAGAAGAUUCAUAAUAAAGAUGGAUCAGCAGUCAGUGAAGCUAUUCCGGACUACCAGUCAAAGCUCGAUGAUGUGUUACAUCUUGUUGAAGACAAGUCAAAUAAGGUCUUGGCCUUAUUUUCAAAUUUUGAGGAGGCUCAAGAAACCAUGAAAGAGGCUGACCUUAUGCUCUCGGCUUUGUUGAAGGCCAAUGAGGAGUUAAAGCUUGAAAAAGAUAGUUGCAGUGAAGCAGUGGAACUUUUAUUGGCCGAGAAAACUUCUCUAAUCGAGGAGUUGCAGCAGCUUGAAGCGUCAAGUUCUUGUACAGCACAGAGGAACAACAAAUUAAAUCAACAGAUGAAUGAAUGUAUCAAGGAAAUGACAAACAUUGCUACUCUAAUGAAGGGUUCUUUUCACCAAAUACAACGGGUUACUACAGUGGAACUCUUUGGGCUUUGCUCGGAAAUUAUUAAUUUUGGGCAGGAAUUAAAGAGAUGGAUACGUGAUUCAAAGUCUUAUCUGGUAAGCGUUGUGUCAGUUCUAGAAGAAAAGGCCACUUCUGCAGCUCAGAAGGUUCAUCUUCUUAAUGCAAAUGCGUGUACAUGUGUGUGUCAACAAGUUGGCUCACGUUCAUGUGAGGUGGAUGACAGCAAUCCUGCUUUCCUUCAUGAAACUCAAGCAAUUCCGGAGAAUUCCAGGGAGCAUAUUAUAUCUUUAACUGAUAUGACUUGGGAAGGAUUUCAUGGAAUUGGUAAUGUUCACAAGAAAGCCUUGAAGCAUCAGCAAAUAUGCUUACAGAAUGGUAAUACUCAGGCUGGUUACACUGCAGACUACGCAUCAUUAAGAAGAGACUUUGACAGGAAAAGCGAUAUUGCAGAAGGAUUGUCUUUUGACCUUAAAUUACUGCAAGAGUCUACCUCAUAUGCGAAGGACAUGAAAGAUAAAGCUGAUGAUGUAUCAAGUGCCCUUAGAAACGUUCAAAGAGAACUCGAAAUAAAAACUUCUGAGACAGAAGAAAUGUUAGUAAAACAAAAGGCACUAGUGGAAGAACUAGCUGAAAAUGGAGCUGUGCUCAUUAUUUUAAGAUCAGAGUUAGAGCUGUCUCAAGACUCAUCAUCUGUCCUGUUGAAGGAGAAUGGUGAUCUGAGAGUGAUGUUGGAGGAGGAAACUGGGAAGACCAGUGAAAUCAAAGCGCUAUUGGAAGACAAAGCUAAGGUCAUAGAGGGAUUGGAGAGCGAAAUCCUAUUGCUUAAUUCUUCUGAAGAAGGAAAACUAAGGUCAGAUGUUGAAAAACUAAAUAACAACAUCGAAAUUUUAUGUAACCAAAAUAGAAACUUGAAAGCAGAGAUACUUAAGUUAAAUGACCAGCUUGAGAUGGCAAUGGCUUUAGCUGAGGAGAAUGAAGCUGCUACUGUUGAAGCUCGGCAAACUGCAGAGAUAAGUAAAAUCCACGCAGAAGAGAAAGAAGAGGAGGUUACGAUUCUUGAACAUUCUGUUGAGGAACUUGAAUCUACAAUUACUGUUCUCGAGGAAGAGGUACGCAACCUUAAAGAGGAAGUAAGGAGCUAUCAAGCACACAAACAGUCCGAAGCUGAAUUUCAAGCAGUUGAAGAGAUGCUUACGCUAGAUACUGCCUCAAGAUGUGAUGGCAAUGAAGGAUUGUGUCCAAGGAAAUGCCAACUAAAAAAGAUACUGCGAGCUGAGAUCAUGGCACAUCAAGAUGCUAGAAAAAAGAUUGAAGGACUCAAAAUUGAGGCAAAACGUAAAGAUGAGGAGAUAAGGCAAUACAAAGAGCAUAUAGCAGAGCUGGUCCUACAUUCAGAAGCACAAUCAUUGCUGUUUCAGGAGAAGUAUCGGGAAAUGGAGCACAUGUUUUCUGAACAGAAGUUUGUUCCACAUGAAUCUAGCUCUGAGACUAUCCAUACAAAAGCUGAAAAGCCUUCAGGGCGAAUAAGAGGAUCUGGUUCACCUUUUCGGUGCAUAUCUAGCCUUGUUCAACAAAUGAACUCUGAGAAAGAUCAAGAAAUCUCUUUGGCACGCCAGCGAAUUGAAGAACUUGAAGCUUUGCUUAGUAACAAACAGAAAGAGAUAUGCUUGCUAACAUCAAGACUGGCAGCUGUGGAUAGCAUGACACAUGACGUUAUAAGGGAACUACUCACCGUCAAAUUAGACAUGACAAACUAUGCUAAUUUGCUUGACCAAGAAGAAGUGCACAAGUUGUUACUAGCAUCCCAGCAAGAGAUUGAACAGUCAAAAGCGAAGGAUGCAGAACUUGACGUUCUGAAGGAACAAUUUGGUCAACUCAUUCAAAACAGGGACAGCUUGCUUGAUGACAUGGACCAAAGAAAGGCUGACCUGUUGGAGACCCAACUGCUCGUCGAACAACUUGAGCAGAGGGAGCAAAUGCUCGAAGCCCAGAACGAAAUGCUACAGAUGGAGAAAGAGAACCUCCAGCAGAAGAUCAUGGAGAUGGACGAGACCAUUGAAUUGCUAGAAGGUUCAAAUCAAGUCAGAGCAGACACGACUCUCAGAAUGGGGGAUAGCCAGCGCUCGGCCAGCAGCGAGUUCAGCAGGAGGCUGGCUCAAUCAGACAUGCUCGUCUCCCACGCGAGACACGAGCGCUCCCGUACCCACGGGGCGGCAGGGAGCUCGAGGACACGCCACGGCAGACACCAGUGACGGACGGUACAUACAACGUCGGAUCAGAUCAGACACUGCUUGUGUUUGUACUACAGAGGCGGACGCGCCUCCUCUCUGAAUGUAGGUCAGAAUGGCGACGGCUGCAAAGGAGUUUUGUUUGUUUGAGGUGUACCUAGUUGGUGCAUCUGUAAAUGUGUUACGUGCAGCGUGCGAUUCUUGGUGCCUGGCUAGUCUUCUGUAUAUUUUGCUCCUGUCUUCUGUAAACACGCGGUGGAUUCUAGCUUUGGCUUCCGCCCAAGAUGCAACGCUCCCACUCGUUAUUCCUUGCCCAGCACACAGCUUGAGGUAAAGAGCUGUGGAAGCAAGCAAUGUUCAAGAUCAUAUUUGUAUACUUGGAA